GGAAGAGCCAUUUUUAAUUGUCCAAAGCAUUUCAUCGCUUGCAUUUUUUGUUCUGAUAGUUUGUGUUGGAAUCUAUUUCGGCUGAAAUAAAGAGAUAGUUGUCGCAUUGCCUACGAUCACUGAGAGAUGGAGUCCAUUUCUGUGCAAGUACCUCUUGUUCUAUUCCUUAUUACCAUCUCACAAAGCUCUCCACCCAACAUAAUUUCAAUCACGGAUGGAAGGGGAAUCCAACAGUAUUGUUUUAACAACCUCUCUUUAACUGCUGGGAAGAAAAAUGACAUCACAUGUGAAACAUACGGGGCAAGGCCUCCUGCAGUACUUAUAUGGCGAAUACCUAGUGAUACAGUGAUACAUCUACAUGAUCAGUUUAAUGUCAUUGAAGACGGAUCUUACAUCUCUCGGAAGGCUGUGACAAUCACACCCUCCAGGAACGACCACGGAAAGAUUCUCAGCUGCAUUGCAUCACACCCAGAACUACAGUAUGAACCUCAGUGCUCAGUUUAUCUCAAUGUUUAUGUUCUGCCAAGGGACGUACUGCUCUUUCUAACUGGUGUUAACCAGUCACAAUCAACAGCCCUACACGUUCAAGAAGAUUCACCGACUUCAAUCACUUGUAAAAGUAUUGGGUCAUUUCCAGCGACCAAACUAUCAUAUCAGUUAGCAAGUAGUGCUGGUCAUGCUGACAAAAUCCUCAACCAUGAAAAUAUCUCAAGCAAAAGGAGUGUUUUAGACGAUACUCUGUUUGACACCGAAGGCUUCUUAGCCAUACGCCCAAAUAUUGAGCAUCAUGGGAAGUACCUUCAAUGCUUCGCAAAACUUGAAGGUUCCAGAUUCGAAGUAGGGUUUGCCAAAUUGAUCGUUUACGGCCCACCAAAAGGGAUCAAAAUUAUUUCCCCUGUGGAUAUUUACGAUGGCGUAGAAAUAAAUGUAAUCUGCAAAGCUGUUAAUGGAUACCCCGCACCGCAUAUCCAUUGGUACAUCGGAUCAAGAAAUCUUACAGAGGAUUCAUCUUUAAACAUAAGUGAAAAUAAAGCUGGUCGAUAUGAUGCUGAAAGCACUCUGACUCUCAGACCGACGAGGUUUAUUCAUUGGAAACGUCUUCUCUGUCAGGCAGUUCAAUCUACACCACUCCCAGCUCGCUCGGUGAAUCAAAGCUUUGUUCUGAAUAUAACAUGUAAGUACUGAUUUUGGUAAUGCUGUUGAUAAGACUAUAUGGAAGGUUGGAUAGAUAGGGAAGCUUUUUUUAUUUUAACUCAACUUGUCU